AUGUGCACAUUUACUAGCAUACCUAUUGAAUUCGUCUAUCGAAUUCUUGAUCAGUUAUCAGACUUAGAUCUGUUCUGCUCAAUGCAUAAUGUCUGUCAUCGCUUCAAUCAAAUACUCAAUACCUAUCAUCGGUAUCAGACACUCGUCACACUAGAAAUAUAUGCUCAUGAAAUCAAAAAUGGAGAAACACAACGCUUAGCAGAAACUCUUCGAGUUAAUAGAAUACUCACUACAUUAAAUAUCAAUUCCAAUGAAAUCAGAGAUGAAGGAGCACACCAUAUCGCAGAUGCACUUCGAGUUAACACAACGCUCACUACACUACACAUCAAUUUUAACGACAUCGGAAGCGUAGGAGCAAAACACUUGGCUGAUGCACUUCGUGUUAACGCAGUAAUCAUAGAUCCUUUUACAUUCUCAUUGAUUCCUGCAGAUGAAGGAGCACAGCAUUUGGCUGAUGCACUUCAUGUUAACGCAACACUCACAGAAUUAGAUCUCUCAUGCAAUCGCAUAGGAGAUGAAGGAGCACAGCAUUUUGCUGAUGCACUUCACGUUAACGCAACACUCACAACACUAGAUCUUGGUGGUUGUCCAAUCGGAAACAAGGGAGCGGAUCACUUGGCUAAUGCUCUUCGAGUUAACAAAACACUCACCACACUAUAUGUCUCAAGCAAUCUCAUAGGAGAUGACGUUGCACAGCAUUUUGCUGAUGCACUUUGCGUGAACACAACUCUCACGACGCUACAUAUCAGUGUCACUGAAAUCGGAGAGGAAGGAGCACACAAUUGGGCUGCCGCACUUCGAGUUAACACAACUCUCACGACGCUCUAUCUUAAUUAUAAUAAAAUUGGGAACAAAGCAGCACAACAGUUGGCUAAUGCUCUUCAAGCUAAUACGACACUCACAACACUAAAUCUUUCAAACAAUUUCAUAGGUGGCGAAGGUGCACAUUAUUUGGCUACUGCUCUUCGAGUUAACACAAUUCUCACGACGCUCUAUCUCGCGAACAAUGGAAUCUGGGACGAAGCAGCACAUAAUUGGGCAGAUCUUCUUCAGUUUAACACAACACUCACCAUACUAGAUCUCUCAUGGAAUCGCAUAGGAGAUGAAGGAGUACAGCAAUUGGCUGAUGCACUUCGGGUUAACACAGCUCUCACAGCACUACAUAUCAACGGCAGUGAAAUCGGAGAGAGUGGAGCGCAAAGUUUAGCUGCUGCCCUUCGAGUUAACACAACUCUCACGACACUCUAUCUCGAUCAUAAUAGACUUGGGGACGAAUCCGCGCAGCAUUUAGCGGAUGCAUUUCGGAUCAACACAACAGUCACAGCACUGUACCUCUCGGACAAUCUCAUAGGAAACGAAGGAGCACAAUAUUUGGCUGAUGUUCUUCGAGUUAACAGAGUACUCACAACACUAGAUAUUCAUGGUUGUCCAAUCGGAAACGAGGGAGCAGAUCACUUGGCUAAUGCUCUUCGAGUUAACAAAACACUCACCACACUAUAUCUUCCAGCCAGUUUCAUUGGAGCUGAAGGAAAACUGCGUUUGGCUGAUGCUGUUGAAAUUAACCAGGUUUGUCAUAUCGGAUAUUGGAUUAGCGACUGA